ACACAGGAAGAUCACACCAUCCCUCACCAUCAUCAGGGAGAAAUCCUUAUAAAUAUUAAAGUAGAAGACAUUGAGGAAGAAGAGAUAAAUAUGAAGGAUGGUGAGCCAUGUACGGAAGAGGAAAACCCUUCAGAGAUCAGCACAGAUGGACACGAUGUCAGGAAAACCAUGGUUGAACCCCUUCUUUCAUUUCCACAUUGUGACCUAGAAGUUAACAACCUCAGACAAGACUCUACCAUGGAAAAUACCAUAGAUAUUCUUCCAGGACUUCAUGGACUUCAAGAUCCAGAGGGUUCUUCUACCAGAAACUCGGACACUGUUCUCAUACACAACCAACCAGAACUUUCCAGUGGCGAUGGAACCCUAGAACCUUCUAGCCCUGAUGAGGUUUCUCCAGACACUACAGAUACCAUGGCACAUCAUGCAGCAUACACGGACAAAAAUAAAUUAUAUCCAUGUUCCGAAUGCGGGAAGACUUUCGUUCUACAGCACAUCUUUGGUGGACCUCAAAAGACGAGCACAGACGUCAAGCCAUUUACUUGCUGCGAGUGUCAGAAAUUCCUCACGCUAAAGCCAGAGCUCGGUCAGCUUAGCGAGGGUAAGAGCAGGGGGAAGAGGUUUGCCUGCUCCGAGUGUGGAAAACGCUUCAGUCGAAGGUGCUACCUGUUCCACCAUGAGAGCAUUCACGCCGGGAACUGUGAGUACCAGUGCUCUGAAUGCGGCAAAUGUUUCACCAACAAGUCCAACCUCGUUGUACACUACAGGUCACACACUGGUGAGAAGCCGUACCCGUGCACCGAGUGCGAGAAGCGGUUUACCCACCGGUCAACUCUCGUCAAGCACCUCAGGAUUCACACCGGCGAGCGGCCAUACUCCUGCCUCUAUUGCGGCAAGGGUUUUGCGCAGAAAUCCGGUAUUGAUAGACAUCAGAGGAUUCACAUGAAAGAAGUUAGUACAAUAAUUAUAUAACUUUUGAUGAAUCUUUAUGGACGGAACUUGACCUGCCCGAGUGCAGGUUUGGUGGUAUCUGCACCGUGCAUGCACCCAAUCUCUCCAGUUUUUAGUCUUCAUAAGUCACACCCAGUAUUGUGGCCAAGUAGGUACAGUAUAAUACCCACCAAGGAUGCUGUUUACAGGUUGUCUGGAUUUACCCCCCUCCCCCCAGUCUCCUCCAUCUUGGUCUAUCAUCUCAUGACGGUUGCACAAAGGAGGCUGUUUUGUUCUGAUUGGAGACAGAAAGGAGGGUUGUGAUCCCUCUGGAGUUCCAUGUACAUCUCUAUAUACUACAUCUCAUGUAGACUAUUGUAUAUUAUGUGCUGUGCUCACCAUCUGAUGUAAUAAAAUCUGCUUUUAUCAUAUGUCUACAA